AUGGUAAUAUGGGCGUCCGAACCAGAAGGCGGCCGUGGCUUAGUAGCUUGUUACAUUGAUACACUCGUUCAUCUUACAGACUUCACGGGACGCAUACGACUUGCAGAGCUAUUUGAACUUGUCAUACAUUCUUUCUGCCAACCAAGCCUGAUGUUGUUCAAAAUGACGUUGAAGUUGCUCCCGUCCAGCUCCUUGCGUGUAAAAUCGUGUUGGGAACAAGAAGACCAAAGUGGUAUCAGACACAUAUCCAAUGGCGGAUCAGGUCGGGAUCCGAGGACCCUGGGAACGGGGGAUCGUCAGAAUGACCUCUUGCGCCGCGGAAUCGAGGACCGAAGAUCGACUUCGCAGCCCUGGAUGAGAGGAUGCUUCAAUAAGCAUCGCGGACCGACGAACCAAGGCAGAGAACAGCGCUCGGAUAUCUACAUCUCUGUGCACAUCAAGCCAGGCAUCAGCGAUGCAGGGCAUCCCAAGACUUGUGCAUCCGCUACUAAUGAUGUGGACCAAAAUGAUCGUAAUUGGCACUGGAAGAAACUGAGCUGCGACAGCGCGAUUGGACGAUUAGAGUCUUCGGAACUGGCUCCACUCGGAGGUACAGCAGGGAGACACGCUCGAAAAAUCCAGUAACGUCGAAUGGCUCGUAGGAGACCAAUAGUGGCAUGUCUGGCCAGUCUAUGUGGCGGCAUCAGCUAUGCAUUCGGUUCAUUCCGUGAUCAUGUAAACCCUCAGGCCAGGAACUGCAUCCGUGUGCAUGGAGUCCCCGAGAUAGAAACCAAUGUCAGAACCAGUUCACGGUCAUCCCGUAGAAGGCGUGAAUCAUGCACCCGACCAGAACAGCCCAUCUCCAAGGUUACAACUGACUUAGCCGAAGUCCGACGACCGUCGAUUGGCAAAUGACCCAGUCUGGUCUGAAAGCAGAACGGUUUCU